AUGGACUCCUUUCGCCAACUCACCAACGGGCACCACCACCUCACCGCAGCUAUAAUCACCCUGCUGCACGACAUCUCCCGCACCGUCGCCCCCGGCCCCCCAACUGCCGCGGACAUCUUGAACCAAGCCGCCAACGCCGGCGCCGCAGCGGCACUCAAUGCUCUAAAUCAAGACGGCGUUGUCGGCCAAGCACUGAUCGGAUACGCCAGAAGCGGGUUCCUCAACUACCUUUCCCAGCACCGCCACCUACUCACAACCGGGGAGUUCGAGCGCGCCCGCCCUCGACAUCAGCGACCGCCACCGCAUCAUCAUGGAUCCCUUGUCCGACGUGCAGAGCGCCCCUUGGAACAGAACACCGCGGACGGUUCCCAGUCCGACAUGUCCGGUCUCCCGCCCGCGGACGAUUCACAGUCCGGCAUGUUUCCUCUCCCGCCCGCGGCCCAACCGGCGCCGCUGGACGAGGACGACGACACAACCGGCUACGACAACGAGGCCGACUUCUGGGCGGAUGUCAGUGCCCACCCCCUCAACGCCGACGCCAACAUCGUGCAACACAGCGUCGGCGACAUAACCGGCCACGACAGCGGCUACGAAAGCGGCUAUGACAGCGGGAGCGAGGAAGAAGACUCGGCGCCGGCGCCCAUUUUCCUGUUUAUCCCCCUACCGGCGUACUCGCAACCCGAGGUGGUGGACAUCUUACUCGACUGA